AUGCCUAAGCUUGUUUUGGUCAGACACGGACAAUCCGAAUGGAACGAGAAAAACUUGUUCACCGGCUGGGUGGACGUGCGCUUGUCCGAGAUCGGCCGCAAGGAGGCCGCCAAGGCCGGUGAGUUGAUCAAGGACGCCGGCAUCACCGUCGACAUCUUGCACACCUCCAAAUUGUCCAGAGCCAUCCAGACCGCCAACUUGGCCUUGGAGGCUGCUGACCAAUUGUACGUGCCUGUCAAGAGAUCCUGGAGAUUGAACGAGAGACACUACGGUGCCUUGCAAGGUAAGGACAAGGCCCAGACCUUGGAGCAGUACGGUAAGGAGAAGUUCCAGAUCUGGAGAAGAUCCUUCGACGUGCCUCCCCCAGUGAUCGAGGCCGACUCUGAGUACUCGCAAGUGGGCGACGCCCGCUACAGAGACCUCGACCCAGCCGUUGUGCCAAAGACCGAGUCGUUGAAGUUGGUCAUCGACAGAAUGUUGCCAUACUACCAGGACGAGAUUGCCGCAGACUUGUUGCUGGGCAAGACCGUGCUUGUUGCCGCGCAUGGCAACUCCUUGAGAGGCUUGGUCAAGCACUUGGACAACAUCUCCGACGAGGAGAUUGCCGGCUUGAACAUUCCUACCGGAAUCCCAUUGGUGUACGAAUUGGACGCCGAGUUGAAGCCCACCAAGCCUGCCUACUACUUGGACCCAGAGGCUGCUGCUGCCGGUGCUGCUGCUGUCGCUGCCCAAGGCUCUAAAUAG